AUGAUGAAGCAAAACCUUUCAAUUUAUGGCAAGAAAAUGAAUCUAUGGUACAACAAUCUACCAGACGUAGAUGACAUAGGGUUUCCAAAUGAACUAAAUUUGUACUUGAAAUCAAGCGUGGCUCGGUUAUCAGACAAUCCUCUUCACUUAUUUAAAGAUAUGAAAAGUGUAUAUCCCAUAUUGUCAAACAUUGCAAUAAAAUAUUUGUCAACUGUUGCAACAUCUGUACCAAGUGAGAGGUUGUUUUCUAAAGCUGGACUAACUUUAAGUAAUCAAAGUAAUCGUUUAACCCCAAAACAUCUUAACAAAUUAUUAUUUUUGCAAUCCUUAGAUGAUACGUUAUGGUCAUUAUAA